GGGAAGGGUGCUCCAUCUCACUUUCGUCCGAUGACGUGGCGAGCAAUAUAGCCCAUUGUUCCUCUGUCCAGCGUAAUAGAACUUCUAAAUUUGCAUGCGAAAACGAUUACCGCCUUCUUUGCUUUCCCAGUCACUUCUGGACACCUGAGCAGCGGAUGCCCGUAAGCAAAUUCCGAGUAGCCUACUGCUGUAGGAUAAGAUAAAAAAGUGUCGGGAUCAAAUGGUGUUAAUAAGCUAAUUGCCCAUCUAUCGAUUUUUUUUUUUACACAAGGUGUUAUUUCCAGAGUACUUGAUCUAGCCACAUUUGUCAAAACACAAAGCUAUGGAAAAACCCAAUCUCCAGAGACUGUUUUCAGCCUGUGACAUUAAUAAAUCUGGUAUGAUUGAGUAUGACGACUUCACAGUUGUUUGUCGAGAGCUCAAUGUGCCUGAGGAAGAAAUCAAAAUGUUAUUCAAUAAAUUCGGAGCCAGUGCAGAUGGACGUAUCGAUUACAGCAACUUUUCUUCAAGGUUUCAAGAGGUUUCAGAAACAUUGGACUUAGCCUCUUUUGGAGCCACUCCUCAAAACGAAUGGAGUCAAUGGGACGAGUUUCAGAGCAGAUUGGACGAUACAACAGGUCUCUCAGAAAAGCUUCGCGAUCAGUUGGCUGCGCUGUAUGAAGCCAUUUACUCCACUUUAGAACCUACCGGUAUGUUGCAACAAUUUGAGGAACUUGUUGAAGUUCUUGUCUGUGAGAACAAGGACCACAGACUUGAAAGUGAGCAGCUUGAAACCACUCUGAGAAGAACAGACGAGCUGAACAGCAGUCAGCUGCUGGAGCUGGAAGAGGACAUGCAGCAGCAGCUCGCCCGUGUAGAGGAAAGGGUGAGGGAAGAGGAGCGUAAAAGAAUGGAGGGAGUCAUGGCAACACUCCAGAAAAGGCAUGAGAAUGAGGUGGCAGACCUUCACACUGCUGUGGACAGGUUGUUGAAGUGCCAAGAGGAAUCUGAACACAACAAUUCCAGGCAAGAUGUUGACAAACUUCACCACCAAAUGAGUGAACGAACUCUGGAAAAUGAGCAGCUGCGGAGUUCUCUGUUCCAAGCUCAGACAAGCCUCUCCAUUCUGCAAGUAGAGUUGGACAAACUGAAGAACAUGUAUGCAGACCAGAAACUUCAACAUGAGAGAGAAAGUGAUGACCUCAAGAAGCUGGUUAUAGAAUACCAGUCUUACUCCAGUCACAUUGACAUUCUUCAGGCCAUGAACCAAAAGCUGUAUGACAGCAAUGAUGGAUUGCGCUCUGCUUUAGUCAAUGAUGUGGCAUCAAGUAAGAAAAGGCCAUCCUCCAACACUGAAAUACAGUCUCGAAGAAUGAAGCCAGUUCGACAAAGCACGUUUAUAAAUUCAGACCCAGAGCACACGGAUGUAGGCUCUAAUAACAUUACAAACCACCAAGUUGCCGGCUGGGCUGACCGAUACCUGGACAGUGGAGUGUCCCUGCCAAUAGAUGUUACUGAAAGCACAGGCAGUGAGUCUGACAGUGAUGAAUCUACAGAAACGGAACACCGCAGUUAUUCAUAUGUGCCCUCAGACAUUGAGACAUCAGACCAGAAAUCUGAAGGAAGUCAGAGAAAACUACCGGAAGCUCCCAGCAAAGCUAGUUCCAUUGCAUCUUCCAUCCGGAGACGCUUGUCUGCUUUUCCCGCUAAGCAAACGGAAGCAGACAUUUUUAACACGGGUGGCCCUGCUCCCAUGUACCGGAUAGUUCUUGCAGGAGAUGCAGGAUCAGGGAAGUCCAGCUUUCUAUUGAGGUUGAGUCUCAAUGAGUUCAAGGGAGAUAUUCAGACAACAUUGGGAGUUGAUUUCCAAAUAAAGAAGAUGCUGGUGGAUGGAGAAAAAACCAACCUCCAGAUAUGGGAUACUGCUGGACAAGAGCGCUUCCGCAGUAUUGCCAGGACUUACUUCCGUAAAGCCCAUGGAGUCUUACUGCUGUAUGAUGUGACUUCUGAGCGCAGCUUUCUCAAUAUCAGAGAGUGGAUGGACCAGAUUCAGGAAUCCACAGUUGAGAAAGUACCAAUGUGUUUGAUUGGGAAUAAAGUGGACCUGAGAGAAGAGUGGCCAGAGGGAAGUUGUGUAAGCUCUGUCGAUGGUGAAAGGCUGGCUAGGACAUACAAUGCCCUAUUCUGUGAAACUAGUGCCAAAGAGGGAACUAACGUAGUGGAGGCAGUACUACACCUUGCAAGAGAAGUGAAGAAAAAUGUGAAGCUGAGACGGCAAUCAGAGUCACAGGUGAAGUUGAUUUUGAGCAGUUCAAAGCAAGCUAUGACCCAGUGCUGCAGAAUAUAACUACCAUGGCCCAUCACAUCACCAGAAGGAACUCAGAAAUGCAUCUACUGACUGGAAACUAGCCAGGAUGCAGUCUAUCCUCUGCACUUGUGUAAUGCUUCUGCUCCUUGUAGCUGAAUGUACAGCAUUAUCAAAUAGUAUUGUAAAGUUAUCAAAAUUGUAAAUAUAUUUUC